AUGUCUCCUCACCUCCUUGCUACAUCAUUGUCAUCUUCCUGGCUAAUGCCAUUUUUCCUGCUCAGUGUCCUGCUGCUGUCUUCUGCUGUCCAUGGCCAAGGUCGUCUUAAGCUGACGGUCCUGUCUGAAGACAGACUGCAGAUGAAGUGGAAGGAGGCUGAUGGGCCUGUUCAGGGUUACAAGGUCAGAGUGAGACCGAUUUCAGAGGUGCCACAGCCAGAGCUCAUGUUGACUACCACCCGGGGCCGGGCAACAGUGGCAGGUCUGGACUCCAGUCAGGAAUAUUACCUCCAGGUCCUUGUGCUCAAUGGGACGACAGAGAAACUUCUUGCAAAGAGACGAUUCACAAUGCAGACUCUGCGGGAGGAGGAGAUGAUCCGCAGUGGCACCAGAGAGCACAGGAAGAAGUUGCUGCCAGGUGGGUCAGGAUCAGGAGAACUGGAAGAUGCAACAGAGGCUCUGCUGGAUGUACCAACAGUUCUGUAUCCGGAACCUACGACCACCACUCCUGCCUCUGCCAGUACUACAGAGCCUCCAGCUACAGAUACCCCCUCUGAACUCCCAGAUAAGACCCCUGAGAAAAGUGGCAAAGAGAAGAGGAAGAAGAAGAAAGAGCGGGAUCGUUCCAAGAUGGAGAACAAGGAGGAGCAGGGAACAACACAGGGCAUGUCUUCAAGGAAACCAUUUGAAUGUGCGAGCGAUGCAGCUGCAGACAUCAUGUUGUUGGUGGACGGCUCCUGGAGCAUCGGACGCAUUAACUUCAGACGUGUCCGAGACUUCUUGGAGGGCCUAGUGACACCUUUCCACAUUGGACCGAAUCACAUUCAGAUCGGACUGACACAGUACAGUGGAGACCCACGCACAGAAUGGCACCUUAACAACUUCACCACUAAAGAGCAGCUGUUGGAGGCAGUGAGGAACUUCAGAUAUAAGGGAGGAAACACAUUUACAGGUCAGGCACUACUCCACGUCAUGGAGGAGAACAUGAGGUCCAGUGCAGGUGCAAGAUCUGACACUCCGUUUUUUCUGGUGUUGUUGACUGAUGGGAAAUCUCAGGAUGAUGCCAUUGCUGCAGCCAACCGGCUGAAAAAUGCAGGCAUUGAAAUCAUUGCUGUCGGUGUAAAGAACGCUGAUGAAGCGGAGUUGAGACAAGUGGCCUCGGAGCCAGUGGAUCUGAAUGUCUACAAUGUUAAUGACUUCCCUCUGCUCAGCAAGCUGGUGGCACGGCUGGUCCACAUAUUGUGCGGGAGGAUAGAGGAGCGCGGCAUCACAAAGCGAAUGGAGCCUGGUUCCACAGCAGAUCCGGCCCUCUCCUACCCCAGUCCUACUGAUCUCCGGUUUUCAGAGCUUGGUUCCAGAGAGGUGAAGCUUCACUGGACCAAUCCUGUGAAGCCGGUCCAACAGUACAGAGUUGUGUACCACAGUGCUGAGAGUCAGAGUCCACAGGAGGUGGUGUUACCCGGCUCAGAAUCUGUUGUGCUGCUGGAAGGCCUCUCCUCUCAAACUCUGUACCACGUCUCUAUCUUUCCCGUGUAUGAGGACAACGUAGGCUUAGCGCUCAGAGGGACUGUCACAACAUUGCCACUGGCCAUGCCUGCCAACUUGAAAGUGACUCCUUCAUCUUACAGCACGUUGCAAGUGAGUUGGGGUGCUGCACCCGGCGCAACACAGUACUUGAUCCUGUACUCAGCACUCAGCCACGGAGAGCCUGAUGAUGCCAAGGAGGAGAAAUUCGGUGCAGAACCAACUGUGGUGGAGCUGGCAGGAUUAAUGCCAGCCACAGACUACUCUGUCACUCUUUAUGCGCUUUAUGAGGAGGAACCCAGCGACCCUGUCACUGCUGUUACCACCACAUUCCCCCUCCCAACACCACUGAGUGUUCAGUUCCCGAUAGUCACCCACAGUAUGAUGAAGGUGAGCUGGUUGCCCGGGGCUGGGGAGGUCCCCGGCCAUAGAGUCACCUACAGCACCAACCACGGCAGUGAUGUCAAGCAGGUGGAAGUGACAGGAGUGAACUCAGUGCUGGUGCAGAACCUUUCCUCUCUUUCCAGAUACCUCGUUUCUGUUCAGUCUCACUACGCACAAGGCCUGUCUGCAGCACUCACCAGUAACGUCACCACACUGAAAGUGCCUCCUCCUGCAGACCUUAGGGUAACUAAUUUCUCAGACAGUGACAUCACGGUGCGCUGGGAAGCUGCAGCUGAUGAUGUUGUUUCUUACCUCAUUAAGUGGAUCUCCCUAAGUGGAGGCGACCUGAGACAGCUGCGUGUGAGUGGUGACAGUGAAGGAGCAGUUCUUGGAGGGGUGGAGGAUGAUAAGGAGUAUCAGAUUUCACUGUCUGCGCUCUAUGGAGAUGGAGCUCAGAGUGAAGCUGUGGCCAUACGCUACAGCACCUUGUCUGGUGGAGGCCCAACCAGCCUCACGGUUUCUGAUGAGACUGCCGUCAGCAUGGUGAUCAGCUGGGUACCUCCCAAUGCUCAUGUCCUCCAGUAUCGUGUGUCCUACAUGGCAUUGACUGGAGCUGAUAGCCAGGAUCACACUGUGCUGGUCCCUGGUGGACAGAAGCGGGUGAUGCUGGAGUCAUUGCAGCCAGAUACACGCUACAGCAUCUUGGUCACUGCUGAGUACCACAACAGAGAAGGAGGCAGCGGUUCAGCUCAGGGCAAAACUGCCACUUUGCGGGUAAGCAGUGUGAGUGUGGUCAGGUCAGACCACUCCAGUAUCUGUGUGUCAUGGAGACCAGUAUCUGCCGUUGAUGGUUAUCGUAUUGUAAUCCAGGAUGUAAAAGACAAGCAAUCAAAGCAAGAAGUUGUGAGUGAGUUCAGCAGAAGCCACUGUUUCACUGAUCUGGAACCUGAGACUCUGUAUCGCAUCAGCGUGAACUCUCGUCUUGGCUCAGCAGAGGGCCCGGCAGUCUCCAUCCUCCAUCCCACAGCUGCAGCUCCAGCCCGAAUCGCCAUCCAUCCCCGGAUGUACCCUAUCCACAAUGAAGUGUGCCCUGAAGUCACCAUCAGAAACAGCAUUGUUAAAGGGUUCAACAUGAUGGAAGCCUUUGGUCUGACUCAGAGAGCUCACUCAUCGGUGGAGGGAGUGGCAGCCGAGCCUUUUGUCUUCAACACGCUCCCCACCUACACUCUGUACAGAGACGUCCAACUGACACAGAGCACCAAGUUUAUCCACCCCGCAGGUUUCUCCCCAGAGCACACCAUCAGCAUUGCCUUCCGAAUGCUGCAGGAUACACCCAGGGAGCCUUUUGCUCUCUGGCAGCUCACAGACAAUGACUUCCAGCCAAAGAUGGGAGUGGUGAUUGACCCAACCACCAAGCACCUGUUAUAUUUCAGUCUGGACUACAGAGGUGAAGUGCAGGAGCUGACCUUUGACCAGCCACAGGUCCACAGGCUGUUCUAUGGCAGUUUUCACAAGGUUCACCUUUCUGUUAGCCAGGUGAGUGUAUCCUUGUCUGUGGACUGUCAGCACGUGGGUGAGAGGCCAGCCCGUCCUCUAGGCAACUUGCCCACCGAUGGAUUUGAGAUGCUGGGAAAACUGGUGAAGACCCGAGGACCUAACAGUGGCUCAGCCCCGUUUCAGCUGCAGUCUUUUGAAAUCGUCUGUAACACCACGUGGGCUUCAGAGGAUACCUGCUGUGACCUGCCUGGAGUGAGAGAUGAGGAGAGCUGCCCUACCCCUGCGUACACCUGUACCUGUUCCUCUGACGUCCCUGGAGCUCCUGGUCCCCCUGGACCACCUGGGAAGCCAGGCCCUCGUGGUGAAAAAGGUGAAAAAGGAGAGCAUGGCCAAAAGGGAGAAGUAGGUCCUCCAGGAAAUCCUGGACUUGAGGGAGGCCUUGGACCUGUGGGCAGCAUCGGGCCACGAGGCAUUACAAUGCAGGGCAAAAAGGGUCCACCAGGAGCAAGGGGAGAGAAGGGAGAUCCUGGGCGACCGGGAGUGCAGGGGGUACCAGGACCUCCAGGUCAAAAAGGGGAGGAGGGAAUCACAGGUGCCAAGGGCAUCAGAGGUGUGGAAGGUAACAUGGGCGCACCCGGCGUCACUGGACCCAGGGGUUUCCAAGGAAUGCCAGGAUACCCAGGGCCUAUAGGAGAAAGGGGCCCCCCAGGUCCUGUGGGACCUACGGGCUUGCCAGGUAAUAAAGGGGAAAGAGGAGAAAAGGGAGAACCUCAGUCCAUGGCUAUGAUCUACCAACUGGUUACACAGGCCUGUGAACAACUAGUACAUAAGGAGGUGUUAAAACUCGACAUGUUCAUUAACGAGAUCGGUCGUAAGCCAGUUCCAAUUGAAGAGCCAGUGGGGCCUCCAGGGGAACCAGGAAUACCAGGGCCCAAGGGCCCACCGGGUGCCAGGGGCUCACAGGGUCGUGUAGGCCCAAGGGGAACACCUGGCAGGCCUGGAUAUCCAGGAGAGCAAGGAAGGAAAGGUGUGCCUGGGGAGAAAGGUGAUGCAGGGUCCAAUGUCCAGGGUCACCCAGGGGUCAAGGGAUUAGCAGGACCUCCUGGUGAGUCUAAGCUGGGAAUCCCAGGUCCCAAAGGAGAAAAUGGUAAGCCGGGGCCAUCUGGGAUCCCCGGAACACCAGGUCAGCCGGGCGAGAUUGGACCACCGGGUGUUUGUGACAACAGCGGAGGCUGCCACAUGCUUCCUCAGCAAACAGAAGACUCUUAUGAUGACUACCAGCCUUGAAUGGAGAAAACAUGCAGGAGGCAGUGGUAAGGUGACUGACAUCUGUAGGAAAUGACUGGUUCAUUU